AAUGAAUGGUUAUUAAUAGAAAACUUGUUUAAGACUUUCUUCUCCAAUCUUAUCUUAUGUUUACGUUUGACUCGCUUUUUAUCACGAAUUUGUUUGAAACAAAAACUAUUAUAAAUAUAACAAUUGCACCGACAAUGAGAUGUGAGGUAUAAUAUUAUAUAUAUAUUACAUCACGUAUUGGUUUUGUAUAUUUCUUUCAUUCGUACAAAUGAUUAAACCAUUUCUCAAAAGGAAAGCAAACUUUUAUUUUGUUUGUUUCUGGAGAUACUUGUAUUCACUGUUCACAGAACCAGAGCUCGAGUUCUUGUUUUGAGAAACUUUGUGAGUUUCCCAAUAGGUUUGAGUCGUAUAUGUUAAACACAGUUAGAGAUAAGUUUUGUGCUAAAACUUUAUUUCGCUAAACAGUUUGUUUCAACCAUUUUUGUACAUUUAAUUCUAGCGUUGAUUUUCAAUAAUUAUAAUUUUUCGCGACUUAUUCAACCGAUUUUGAUGAGAUUUGUGGCUAAUUUCCAUAUACUGACAACAAUUCCCACUUUUUGCUUAGUUAUCGUCUAUACCAACAUAUUGGACGCCAAACAGAGGCCAGUCAUGUCAUCGGUUCCGUUCGCCUCAUUCAGUGCCGUCAAAGUGCACCAACAGAUCAAACAGCAAAAGGAUCGCCAAAAGACAUUCGGUGGGACACAACCCACCGACAUGUCCGCCAAUCAAUAUACUGACAAAACUCACCACAACUACAACUCAAAGUAUAUGAACAGUGUCUGGGGUUUGUAUAACAGGUAUGCACCGCAAGCCUUCCAGAAGAAUGAGGAGUUGAUCCUACGCUCAAAAGCCAUGACCGCCUCAUCCAAUGCCAACCUAGCGUCGAGUGUGCUCUGCCAUUAUUGCCUACCAGUGCUCACACAGACAGCCAGUGCCUGUGUGUAUACGGAAACGGUUAGUCCAUCUCAUUGUGAAAGUGGUGGGAAGAGGGCCGACGACCACCCGUUGGCCGCACUGACCGAUGGCAUCGAUGGCCGACCCAUGAAAUCGGACUCGUCUUCGGAUGACGAGAGACACACCAAAACGGGUUCAAACACUUCACUACAAAACAACAUGAGUCCCUCCUCGCAGUCACAAAAGCGACCGAUGAAUGCGUUCCUCAUAUUCUGUAAGAGACACAGGAGUGUCGUCCGCCAGAAGUACCCCCACCUCGAGAACAGGAGUAUCACUAAGAUAUUGGGCGAGUGGUGGGCGGCCCUCGACUCGGACCAGAAGCUCAAGUACACAGAGUUGGCCCGACAGUACAAGGAGGCCUUCAUGAAAGCCAACCCACACUUCAAGUGGUAUAAGACCACAGACUUGAGGCCUCCCACUGCGCCCCCAUCACCGCCGCCACCACCGGUCGCGCCGACAUUUAUGACACAAAACAACAUCAGACCUCCGGCGCAACCAAACCAGACUCAGUCGACACCCAAACCACCGAAGAAGCGUUAUUUAGAAAAUCUGGAAAACGGAGAGUUCAGAGCCGCAAACCACGUGAACCACAAUGCGAUGGCCAACGCGAGCACAAACGGCGGCCCGUUGUCUGGCGGCGCCUCGAGUGCAGCCAAGUGUACAAAUGCCGGACCGCCUAUUCUCGACAUCGAGACGGCCAACCGGGUCAUCGAAAACGCGUUGAGCGGAUGCCUGUCGUUGAACUCCGGGCCCAACGCAAACGCAAACCGGGAACAGUCGGCCUUCAACUCGGAUAUCAUCAACGGACACAUCAAUCACGUGUUGGAACAGCACUCCAUUGAGACCCGAGAGCUGGAGGCACUCGAACGGAGUUCCCAACGCUCGCAGGCCUUCGACGACUUGCGGGCGUCGGUCGGCAACGGGUCGGCCACUCACGCAAACCACGCAACCCAUAGUACAAGUGUUGACAAAAGUGCAACAAAUAGUAUCUCAACGAAUCCGGUGUUACGAUCGCCUCACACGCCCUCCGAUGAGGACGAGCCCGAAGAGGACAACAGUGCCGACGAAGAGAAGCCGUUGAACCUCUCGGCGUCCACUGUUCUCCACACAUCCAACCAACACAUUAUCGACCACUUCAUCGAUAAGCUGUUGAGCACUCCUAUUGAAGGUAGCACAUUGUCCGCAUCCACAGCCCUGUCUUUGCCUUUCUCUUCGCCGUCACUUUCAAUGAUGUCUUCGAGCGAUGACAAGACUAAAGCCAUUAAUAGUGUUAUUCAUAAUAACGUACGGAAUGUCAACAAUAAUCGUAAUAAUAGUAAUAAUCACACGAAUAGUGACAAUACAAAUACAAACUGCAAUACUUUGAGCACAAGUACCGGUCCCCACAAUAGCAGCGCUUCCAGCGGUAGUCGCGCCGCGCAGUCACGGAAAGAGCGGUCGUGUAAAGGGAAGCGAUAUCUGGAGAUUUUGUCGGAGAAUAAGAUGGGGAAACGGAGCCGAACGGUGUCGUCGAUGUCGGCCAACAGCGCCGACGGCAAAGACGAGACGACGGCUUCGGCUAAAAACCAGAGUUCAAAAGAGCAGUCGAGCGCCGGUGCGUCCGGGAACGGGCCCUCCAAGUGGGUGUCCGGCGGUUUCGACUUAGAGGAACACAUAAAACAAUUGCCACAAUUAGGCGACACUCAUCUGCUCAACGCUCUCAGUCAUAGCAAAGCCAAUAAGACUAUCAGUUCUUCGGGUUGUCCUAAGAGCGGUUCCAACGAUGAGUCGGACACUAACCCUACGAAACCGCAAACGAUUAACAAUUGUUGUGUUGUUAGUAAUGAGUCAAACCAUAACUCAAUGAGUGAUAGAAGUAAUAGUGAUAUUGAAGACAAUGACACGAAUGUGGUUAAGAAUGUUAUGAAUAAUGAUGAUAAUAAUGGCGACUCGGAUCAGUUGAAUCGUAAUAAUACUCUUAAACAUUACACAACGGAUGCAAACGUUUCCAAAACCAGUGAAACAGUUGUCAAUUGCGUCGACAAUAAGGCGGCCGGCGAUGAGUCGUCUGCUGUUUGUGAGACACAAAACGGCGACUCUUCGGACCAAAUGGCGACCGACGAGGCGCUCGUUAAACACAAAACAGGCGACGACUCGGUGGUCGCCAACGACAAGAAUACUUCAGAUUUAGUCAACAACUCGUUGCCUACCACUCAGGGAAUUGAAUUCAGCGACGGUUUGGCCGCUUUGGCUGAAGUGGCGCUCCAACAGCAGAGGAAUAGCGUGUGAACUGAUGACUGAAUUCUUCACCUCAUUCUCCAUUCUGACGGCAUUUCCGAUACACUUUCCCAUUGCUGUCAGACUUGCACUCAGAAUAACCAUUAAAAGCAAUUGAUAUUAAGGUUCAGAAUAUAGUGACGAUUUCGUGUCUUUUUACGCAAAUUUUGAUUUUAUUUUGAGUUUUUAAUUAUUUUUACACAUAUUUAUUGAUAUAAUGGGUGAACAGGUAUUCAUAAUUAACAGAGAGGUAUUGAUUUUUUAUAAACAGAGUUUUGCGUUACUCUUGUAAAUCAAAAGUAAUUCUUAUGAGAACUGAAAGACAGGGAAAGCA